UAUUUUAUUCUUAUACCUCUAUGACUGCCAGCAGGCUGGGAGCGUCGUGCGAUUCACAACAAUAAUUGUGGCUCGUAGUUGAGGCAGGGUGUGGCGUGUUUGGUGAAUUGACGCGGGCUUCAGGAUUCCAAUUAAAAUUUAGACGAACUCUCGCCGAAUUAUGAAUAGCCGUAACGUAAUUACUCUUGCCGUCCUGGCGCUGCUCGCUGUAGAAGGUAACGCGUUGUACUGCUACAGAUGCAACAGCAACAGUCCAGGGUGCGGAACGCCUUUGAACUGGCUUUGGUACUGGGGCGAAACCUGCCCUGAGUAUGACGACAAAUGCGUGAAGAUCAUCGAGAGGAAAGGAGCUGAAACAAUUCUGACCAGGGAAUGUCUGAGUUCGGUGCGCGGAUUCAGGACUGACAUACCGGCGGACAAGUACGAGGGCUGUAGGCCAGCUGCGAAGGAUGUCAGACUGGGACACUACGUUAACAAUUCUAUCACUCAGCUGGAUAUACACAGGGACUAUUACGACGAAGUGACGUGGUGUUUCUGCUACUUUGACCACAGAUGCAACGGAGCUGCUGGCCUUACAAUCUCCGUCAGUUUAUUGGCAUUGAUUUAUUUCGCGAGAGGUUUGAUAUAGGUUUUAAUGCAGUUUUUUUAAGAAGUUUUUUUUAUAAUGACAAAGAUAUAAUUACUUUCAACGAGUCGAAAAUUGAGCUAUAGAAUCGUGGUUAGGCUACUUUGCAGCUACCAAAAUAAUCCAUUUCGACUUCAGUAAAUGCCGUCCAUAUUAUUUGAUACUCAAGUUAGUAAGUAAGAUUACACUUUGUUUUAAUAAUAAUGACUAAGAAGAAGGAACCUGAAUUAGUUUAAAGUGCCUUUCGCCAUAUGGCAAAUUUUACAUUCGAAGAGAGCUGCUGUAAUAUCCGUCCAUAAAAUAUUUCCAGUUUUAACACAUUUUGUACUAAAUCUUUAGAACUUAUUUUAUCUUGUAUAUAGUCCAUAAGGAUCUGAACGAUACAUAAGCAUAAUUAUAGUAUAUUUAUUGUAUACAUGUAAAUGAAAGGGUUUUUAUUACUGUAGACAAUGCUUAAGUGUCUACAUCAAUAUCAAACAUUCAAUG